AUGCUCAGUUAUGUUUGUGAGAGGCAAAACGAAAGUGAAAAAUCAGCUAAAACAGCAGCAUUAUCGUCUACACAUCAUCAACAACCAAUUAGUGUUGAAUAUACAUCACCAGAUCGUGUUCGAAUAUCAUCAACAAAUAUAAUUGGAAAUCAACAACGAAGUGGCAUGAUGGUAAUGAAUGGGAAUAAUAGUAGUGAUAACUACACAAAUGGUGUACAUAAUGAUGUAAUAAAUUUAAAAAUUCAUAUAUCACGUGAUAAUAUCACUAAACAAAUGCAAUUUGAAACAAAUAUGCUUGUAUAUGAUGUAUGUCGAAUUAUUCAAGAUAAAAUAAUGAAUGAACCAACGUUAUAUCGAGGAGAUCCAUCUGAAUGUGGUCUAUUUAUUUAUGAUAAUUUAAAUCCCAUAAAGAGUAUUUGGUUAGAUAAUGGUCGUACAUUGAAUUAUUAUUCAUUAAAAAAUGGUGAUACUGUUGAAUAUCGAAACAAAUAUCGUCCACUUAAAAUUCGUUUACUUGAUGGGACAGUUAAAACAAUUAUGGUUGAUGAUAGUCAAAUCAUUGCUCAACUCAUUGUCUAUAUUUGUACCAAAUUUGGUAUCGCUAAUUAUGAUGAAUAUUCAUUAAUUUAUGAUUCUGGAACAGAUUCAACAGACACUCUAAAAACAUCAACACUGUUGAAAGAUCGUUCAUUGCACAGAACAGAUAAAAAAAUGGAAGAACUAAAGAAAAAAUUACAUACAAUUGACGAUACUCUAUGGCUUGAUCAAUCGAAAACACUUCGUCAACAAGGCAUUGAUGAAAAUUCAACUGUUGUUUUAAAACGAAAAUUUUUUUUCUCAGAUAAAAAUAUCGAUCAACGUGAUCCUAUUCAAUUAAAUUUACUCUAUGUUCAAUGUCGUAAUGGUAUUCUUGAUGGUGCUCAUCCAGUAACAUUUGAAGAAGCAAUUCAAUUUGCCGGUUUACAAUGUCAAAUACAAUUUGGUGAUUAUAAUGAAUCCAAACAUAAACCGGGCAUAUUAGAUAUCAAAGAUCUUUUACCAAAAGAAUAUACAAAAAUAAAAGGCGUUGAAAAACGAAUAUUUCUGGAACAUAAGAAACAUACUGGUUUAUCAGAGGCAGAUGCUAAAUUAAAAUAUACACAAUUGUGUCGAUCGCUCAAAACCUAUGGCGUUACAUUUUUUCUUGUCAAGGAAAAAAUGCCAGGUAAAAAUAAACUGGUACCACGUCUUCUUGGUGUAACAAAAGAUUCAAUUGUUCGUGUCGAUGAAAGAACGAAAGAAUUUAAUCAAGUAUGGCCACUGACACAUGUUAAACGUUGGACGGCAUCUCCCAAUACAUUUACAUUGGAUUUUGGUGAUUAUGCAAGUGCUUAUUAUUCUGUUCAAACGAAUGAUGGUGAACAAAUUUCACAAUUAAUUUCUGGCUAUAUUGAUAUUAUUCUUAGAAAGAAAAAAGAUCGAGAAUAUAUUGUUCAAGAUAAUGGAGGUGGAGAAGAAUCAACAAUGGUCGAAGAUAUUGUCUUACCAGCAAAAGCCACAAUUGUUCAACCAAAUCGUCCACCAUUUGGUUAUAUUCAUACAGAAAAUGUUUAUUCACCACCUCUGAUGAGAGGAACAUUCACUGAUGAUGGUCGUAUACAUCAUCAACAGUUAAUUGAUGAUGGACGUAUUCAUCAUCAACAAUUAAUUGAUGAUGGACGUAUUCAUCAUCAACAGUUAAUUGAUUAUGGUCAUGAGCCUAUGAUGGAUGUGCCGGCCUACUAUGAUAUGCAUCAACGAAAUCUUCGUGAUCACGAACGAGAAGCAGAAUAUUUCAUGCAAGCUAACCGCUAUAUAGAACCAAUGCAACCAAUACAACCAAUGCAUCAUGUACCACCGCAAAGACGUGCCGCUUUAUAUACAACAAUUGAAAAUGCAAGAAAUGCUGUUUCUACAGCACAAUCACAAUUAGCUAGAGAACUUCGUCUAGAAUAUUUACAACCACAACAGGAUGAACAACAAUGGAGCCGUGAAAAUCGAUUAGAUGUUAGCCGUCAGUUAUUGGGCAGUGAAUUAUGUGCUAUAAACGCUUCGACAGCUCAAAUAGUUACAUUAACAUCUGAUCAACAUCGGUCUGAUGAACAUUCACUUGGCGCUGCUAUAUCGACUAUAACGAAUAAUUUAUAUGAAUUUUGUAAAGAAAUGGAAACUUAUUCUUCAAUGACUGAGGCUGAUGAUCAAACAAAUCCAUUGAUGAAUGCUACUCGACGUUUAUGUUCAACAUUCAGUGAUUUACUAUCGUGUAUUGAAUCGGAUACUACAGAUUCAAUGGCUAGACAGUCUCUCCUUGUAACAGCAAGUCGAUUAGGUGAAGUCAGUCAAGAUUUAAUUAAGAAAAUUGGUUCAAAUGGAACAAAUGACGAUAUACUCGACAGUGUUUAUCAAGAGAGAUUGUUAUCAUUAGCAAAAUCUGUCGCCAAUGCUACGGCACUGUACGUUUAUAAAGCAAAAGAUAUAGCGAGUAAUGUUAGUGAUCAACAAUAUGUUAAUGACAUUAUAUCAACAGCAACACAAUGCGCAUUAGCUACAUCUCAGUUGGUAGCUUGUACUAAAGUUGUUGCUGCUACUAUAUCAAGUCCGUUAUGUCAAGAACAGUUGAUCGAGUCUACACGUUACGUCACACGUUCGAUUGAAGCUGUGUUAAACUCAUGUCAUCAGGCAACAACAAGUGAACAAAUGCUAUCUGAAUUAGAUGAUGCAGCAAAAUCUGUAACAAAGACGUUGAAUGAAUUACUAUUGCAUAUUAAACAAGCUACAGAAUGUGCUGCUUUAUCUACAGAAGUUGGUCAUUUUACAUCUACUACGACUACAACAAUGAUAAAUACAUCUACUACUUCAAACGUUACUUCAACGCAGCAACAUGAUGAAUCUAUAGAUAAAAUUUUAACAGCAUCCGAUCGUCUGUUUUCAUCUGUGGGUGAUGCAUCUGAAAUGGUUAAACAAGCUAAAAUAUUAGCACAAGCAACAGCACAAUUAGUUUCAUCAUUGAGACAACAAGCCGAAUCGACUGUUGAUGAUACAAAUCAACAAAAAAAAUUAUUAUCAGCCGCUAAAAUGUUAGCAGAUGCAACAGCUAAAAUGGUUGAAGCGGCUAAAGGUUGUGCAACGAAACCAAACGAUACACAAUUACAAUAUUGCUUGAAAAAGGCAGCAGAAGAAUUGAGAUCGGCAACAAACGUGGCUUCUAGUAAUAAUGUAAAGCGUAAAGUUCUUAAACGUGUUGAACAAUGUGCAAAAAACUGUGCAUCAUCAGCAACACAAUGUAUAGCAGCCACACAAGGCUCGGCACAAUCAAAUAAAAAUGCACAGUCUCAUCAACAAUUAGUUGAACAAUGUAAACAAGUUGCAGAUUUAAUUCCAAAACUUGUUCAAGGAAUUCGUGGAGUAAUUGUAAAACCGGAUUCAUUUAGUUCACAAAUUAAUUUAUUAAAUGCAUGUGAUGAUUUUAUUGGACCGGCGACGCGUCUCACCACUUUGGCAAAAGCAGCUGUACCAACAAUUCAAGAUCAAUCACAAGCAUUACAUUUAAAUAACAGUUCGAAACAGUUGACUCAAUCAAUCAUGGAUCUUCGUUCGUGUCUAACUCGAGCACAAGAAUUGUGUGGUGCUGCAUUAGAUGUUGAAACUAUAAUUGAAUCGAUUGAUUUACUGGAUAAAGAACUAAUUGAUAUAAAAAAACAAGCAAAAGAUGGAAAAUUACGUCCAAAACCUGAAGAAACAAUUGAUACAUCGUCUGCUCAAUUAUGUUCGAUGUGUAAACAAGUUGGUUCAACUGUCUCACAGCUCUUAAAUGCUGUCGCACAAGGUGAUGAAAAUUGUACGGGAAUAUGUGCACGAGAUGCGGUGAAUACACUGAAAACAUUAACAAACUCAAUUCGUGGUAUAGCAGCUAGUUCAUCCGAUUAUCGAAUGCAAGAAACAAUUAUAAAUUCUUCUCGCGAAGUAUUAGAAAAAUCAACAAAAUUAGUUAAAGAGGCUAAAAAAGCUGUUCAUUCACCACAAGAUACAGAAAUACAAACAAAAUUAGCAGAAAUUGCAAAAGAAGUACAAUCAGCCUUAAAUGCAUGUUUGUCAAAUAUGCCAAGCCAACGAUAUAUUGAUGAUGCUUUAAAACAAAUGUCUGAAUAUGUCUACGCAUUAGCUGGUCCAUAUAAUCGAAAACCGUCUCGAACAUAUGAUGAUGUACAAACACAUAUUAGUCGUGCAGCUGCUGAUUUGAAUAAUGCUACAACAGAAUUAGUUGUCAGUGCACGUAGUGGAACAAAUGCAUUACAGCAAAUAACGCAACGUUUUAGUCGUGCAUUCAGUGAAUUUAUAGAUAAUGGAAUCGAUUUAGCCGGUCAUCAGGAAGAUGAAAAACGUUCUAAAGUGAUCUCAUCCUUAAAACAAGUGCAUACAUCAUCGAGUGCAUUACUCGAACGAGCGAAAUCAGCAUCAAUUGAUACAACAACAACUUCAACGAGUACCAAAAAUCAAUUAACAACUGCUGCAAAAGCUGUGACAGAGAGUAUCAAUGAUGUUAUCUCUGUUUGUUUAACUGUUGAUGUAAAUACUGCACAAUCAUCAAUGGGACGAUUAGAAUGUGAUAAUGCUAUUAGAGAAAUGCAAACAUCAAAAACAGUUUUACAAAAUCCUGUUACACCAGUGACAGAUUAUACAUAUUUCGAAGCAUUAGAUCACGUCGUUGAUUAUUCAAAGCAUCUGGGCUCAGCAAUGACGAAUAUAGCCAGUGCCGUGAAAAAUACAAAUCAUCAACUAUUUUCUCGAGCUGUUCGUGAUGCUUCGACAGCUGUUUGUGGUUUAAGCGAAGCAUCUGGUCAAGCAGCUUAUUUGAUUGGUGUAUCGGACUCAUCGUCAACAAAAGAAAAAUCUAGCAUUGUUGAUCAACAAUUAUUUCAACGUUCUGUUAAUUCAAUACGUCAAGCAUGCAAUGAUUUAUCUAAUUCAACUAUCGACAAAAACGAAAUUUUGAGUUGUGCAACAACCAUUGCAAAAAAUACGUCAACAUUAUGUAAUGCGGCACGUGAUGCUUCAUCUCGAACCACAAAUGCACUUGCGCGUAGAAGCUUUGUUCAAUCAGCUAAAGAUGUAGCGAAUGCUACUGCUAAUCUUGUGCGAACAAUAAAGAUCUUGGAUAGUUCUUAUACACAUGAACAUCAUCGAGAAUGCAUUGAAACAAGUCGACCAUUACUUCAAUCUAUCGAUGAACUUUAUACGUAUGCCAUGUCAAAAGAAUUUUCAAGUAUUCCAGCAUCAAUUAGUAAUGCAGGUCGUCAAUUACAGGAGCCUAUUGUAUCCUCAGCUCGUAAUGUUGUCGAUGGUGCGUGUAACAUAGUUGAAUGUUCAAAAACGUUGAUUAUGAAUUCAAAAGAACCGAGUCAAUGGCAACAAUUGGCAACGCAUACAAAAACUGUUUCAGAAUCAAUUAAACGUCUAGCGACAUCGGUGAAGGAAAUGGCGCCUGGCUCACGUGAAUGUGAAAAAGCGAUUGAAGAACUUCGAAUUUUAUUUCACGAUGUUGAUAAAGCUAUGAUGAAUAUUGGAUCAUUACCCAAAACAGAUAAAUCCCUUCAGUUUCAUCAAGAACAAAUUUCAUCAAGCUCCCAUUUUAUGUCAGAAUAUAUCGAAGAUAUUCGUCGUUCAUCAAAACGCGAAUCAGAACGUUUAGGUUCAUGUGUGACACAAUUCACAACAUAUAUUGAACCGCUAGUUCGCAAUACAAUUGAUUAUGUAUCACGUAUAACAAACAGUCGACAACAGACAACAAUCUUAGAACAAUUAAAAUCUGUUGUAGAAACUGGUUUACAAUUGCUAAUAUCUGCUAAAGAAUCAAGUGGUAAUGUGAAAAACGUUCAAUGGCAUAAAGUUGUCGAUGAAAAUUCGUCACAAAUGAUAUCAUUAUUGAAAGAAUUAGUUCAUACAAUUGAAGAAAAUUCAUCGUCAAUCGGUAUUAUGAGUGGUUUAUGUGAAAAUAUUCGAAAAUUAAUCCAUACUAUAGAUUCAAACGUAAUCACGGAUGGUUUGUUCCAGGAUUAUCAAACACGUAUGGUCGAAAUUGUUCGUCAAAUGGCACGCACAACACAAGAUAUAUUGACGAAAUCAUCAAACCAUGAAGACGUUAAAUAUUUGGCCAGUCAACUGACAAAAGAAUAUAAUGAAUUAAUACGAGCAACGUACGGUGCUAUUGGAACAGCAUCUACUACAGAAUUAGCAAGUAGAAUUAAACGUGUUGUUAGUGAAUUGGGAGAAGCAUGUAUCGAAUUAAUACAAAAAAUAGGACAAUUGCAACAGAAUCCACAUGAUCAAACAUUAAAACGUGAAAUACAAGAUUUAUGUCAAAAAGUUAUUGAAAAAAUUUCAUAUGUUUUGGCUGCACUUCAAGCUUCAGCACGUGGCACUCAGGCUUGUAUCAAUGCUGCUAGUACUGUGAGUGGCAUCAUAGCUGAUUUGGAUACCACAAUUUUAUUUGCAACGGCUGGUACAUUAAAUUCUGAGCGUGAUGGUGAAACGUUUGCUGAUCAUCGCGAAGCUAUUCUUAAAACAGCAAAAGCACUAGUUGAAGAUACUAAAACAUUAGUAGCUGGUGCUGCAAGCUCACAGGAACAAUUAGCUUCGGCUGCACAAGCUGCCGUUCGAACAAUCACUAAGUUGGCUGAAGUUGUGAAACUUGGUGCUGCUUCGUUAGGUGCUGAAGAUGGCGAAGCGCAAGUACUCCUAAUUAAUAGUGUCAAGGAUGUUGCACAAGCUUUAAAUAAUUUGAUAAGCGUCACAAAAUCGGCAAGUGGCAAAGAUAUCAACGAUCCUGAAAUGCAGAAAUUAAAAGAAUCAGCCAAGGUUAUGGUCACGAAUGUAACAUCGCUCUUAAAAACAGUGAAAACAGUUGAAGAUGAAGCAUCAAGAGGUACAAAUGCAUUGGAGGCUGCCAUUGAAGCAAUUGCUCAGGAAAUUCGUGCUUUCUCAAGUGCUCAACCGCCAAGUUUACGAUCACCACCUGAAGAACUUAUUCGUGUUACAAAACAGAUUACAAUUGCGACAAGUAAAGCGAUGAGUGCUGGUCAAUCAUGUCGUCAAGAUGAAAUAAUUGCUGCAGCAAAUAUGGGUCGAAAAUCAAUAUCUGAUCUGUUGUUUGUUUGCAAAUGUAGUGCGUAUACAACUGAACAACAAGAUUUAAGACAACGAACGUUAGAGAGUGGAAAAAAUUGUGCAAAACACUAUAAAGAAUUAUUAGAAACCAUUCAUAUAUUAAUACAAAAACCAUCGAAUGAAGCAAAACAAAAAUUAUUAGUAUAUUUAAGAUCAGUUACACAAUCCACUCAAGAUCUCGUACAUUGUGCGGAACAGCUUAAAGGAUCUGAUUGGAUUGAUCCAGAUGAUCCAACAUAUAUUGCUGAAAGUGAAUUAUUAUUAGCUGCUCAAAGUAUCGAAGCAGCAGCAAAAAAAUUAUCUUAUUUGAAACCACGUCGAAAACCCAAGGAAAUUAAUGAAAAUUUGAAUUUUGAUGAACAAAUACUUGAAGCGGCCAAAUCCAUAAUGAAUGCAGCCAGUGCCUUGAUUAAAGGAGCUACGGCAGCACAAAAAGAGUUGGUUUCACAAGGAAAAUUGUCAAAUGCUUCCGGUAUGAGAGUGACCAAUCAAGACGAAGAUGGACAAUGGUCACAAGGUUUAAUAUCCGCUGCUCGUUACGUGGCUGUUGCAUGUCAUAGUCUGUGCGAUGCAGCUAAUGGCCUAGUACAAGGUCACGGCACAGAAGAAAAACUCAUAUCAGCUGCAAAACAGGUUUCAUCAAAUACAGCUGCACUUCUAGUUGCUUGUAAAGUGAAAGCUGAUUUUAUGAGUCAAUCCAUGGCUCGAUUACAAAAUGCUGGUAAUGCUGUUAAACGUGCAACAGAUGCUCUUGUUCGUUCAUCUCAACAAGCUGUUGAAAUGCAAGAAGAAGAAAAAUAUUUAGAAGUAUCUAUGAGAUUCGUACCUGGUAUUGCUCAAGAAAUAAAAGCGAAAGAAAUUAUACUGACAAAAGAACGUGAAUUAGAUGAAGCUCGAAACCGUUUAAAAGCUCUACAUUUAGCUAAAUAUGGACAUGUAGAUAAAAAUAAUGAAUCAUAUCAAAGUUCUUGA